UUGGCAUAUUACAACAAUAUAAUGGCAAACUCCUUUUUGGUUUAGAGGAACCUCAAACACGACAUUUAAUUAAUUCUUUACGUGAUAUAAACUGGCAAGAAUUUUUCAACCAAUGGCUUACUGAACAAUCAACAAUUAUUGAAUUGAAAUUUCAAUUAAAAAAAUUGUAUCCAUCUGAGCAUGAAAUUAAUGAACGUGAAUUUAGAGCUUGGAAAACUAUGUUACGGAAUGUUGGAUGUGUAGAAAUUACACUUUUUGAAAAAGAUCAAUCCAAG